AUGCCAAAACUUCAGAAUGCAUAUUUGCAGGUAGCCACGCUGGAGCUGUGCUCCGAGGCUUUUGCCAAGGCAGAAGAUGCAAAGGAUCCGCUCAGCAAGUUGAGGGAGGAAUUCUGGAUACCGACCAAAGGCGAUCUUCGGAACAAGAAAUUUGGGCAUCAGAAACACCCUACGCGGAACGAUGAUGGCGAGGAUUCGAUUUACCUCUGCGGCAACUCUCUUGGACUGCAACCACGGCGAACAAAGGAAUAUGUGAACCGAUAUAUGGAUACGUGGGCAUCCAAGGGCGUCUUUGGACACUUCACUGACUAUGAAGGGGGGCUGCCGCCUUGGUUGCACAUCGACGAUGUAGUGAAAGAACAGACGGCGAAGAUUGUGGGAGCGCUGUCAAGUGAGGUUGUGGUUAUGGAGACUCUGACCGCGAAUUUGCAUCUCCUAAUGGCGAGUUUCUACAAGCCUAGCAAGGAUCGAUGGAAAAUUAUCAUCGAAGGGAAGGCCUUUCCCAGUGACCAUUACGCCGCACUCUCCCAAAUAGCACAUCACAACCUAGACCCAUCCGCACUCAUCACCAUAGACCCACCAUCGUCUUCCUCGCCUUAUCUCUCCACCGAACACAUCCUCUCCAUCAUCUCCCAACACGCCGCAACCACCGCUCUUGUCCUCCUGCCAGGCAUCCAAUUCUACUCUGGUCAAUACUUCGACAUUGAACUCAUAACCCGUCACUGUCACGCCCUCGGCAUCACAGUAGGUUGGGACCUCGCCCACGCCACGGGCAACGUACCACUCAAACUACACGACUGGAACGUAGACUUCGCCGCAUGGUGCAACUACAAGUACAUGAACGGCGGCCCAGGCGUAAUAGGCGGUCUCUUCGUCCACGAGCGCCACGGCACCGUUGAAAAGCCAUCAACCACCCCACGAAACCCAAACACAUCCAAAGACUCCAGGAACCAAUCCACAGAGCUAAUUUACAGACCCCGACUCAGCGGCUGGUGGGGCAGCGACAAAUCCUCCCGCUUCGCCAUGUCCAACACCUUCAUCCCCAUCCCCGGCGCAAGCGGCUACCAACUCAGCAACCCCAGUGCACUGGAUAUAACAUCUGUCAUGGCCUCCCUCGACGUAUUCUCUCUGACCUCCAUUGACGCUCUGCGCCAACGCAGUCUCCGCCUCACAGGCUACCUGGAAGCCCGCCUACUUCGCUACCCCGGCGGUAACCCACCCUACACCAUCAUCACACCCGCGAACCCAGCGGAACGAGGUGCGCAACUCAGUGUGCUCUUGCAACCGGGUCUGCUGGAGCAGGUACAGAGAGACAUUGAAGACAAGGGUGUGGUGGUUGAUGAGAGGAAACCUGAUGUCUUGAGAAUUACGCCGGCGCCCUUGUACAAUUCGUUUCUGGAUGUCCAUCGCUUUAUGGAAGUGUUUCAUGAGGCUUGUCGGAAGGCUGUGGAGGGUUCAGGAAAGGCAAAGACGGGUAAAGGGGGAGUGGCGUCGGACGGGAUUGCGAGGACGUGA